AGGAGACUGCUUGAGCAAGUUGCCGGGAACUCUAACAUGGACUACAACAAGAAGGCAGGGCCGAUGAGAGGAGUUUCUCUGGAGGGUGGUCCGGAUGCCUGUGACAUAGACAUGACUGAUCUGGAGUGUUACAACUUAGGUGGGACCACUCUGGAGGUAAGCCAAGAGAACCUGACAUCAGAAGGUUCACCAGGAGGCUGCACAGGUGCAGACAGGCAGUGGGCUGGGUAACUGAUCUGCAGGCAAGAGGCUAAUGGCCAUUGGUACAGUGGCUACACACUGGGAGCAGAAAUUGGAAGAUGCAGGGGAGUCUGGAAUGACUGGUCUGGAAAUCCAGAGGGCAUCUGGGGGACGGAUGGAUAAUGCCAAUGGCGGCAAAGCUUCAGAAAAAUGGGCUAAGUGGGAAACGAAUCAGGAUAAAGAUGUGUCCUCCACCAGGUUUAUGGCUCUGUUUUUAGAUGUGUCUGCCUCACGCUAGAAAGAUGUGGCUAAAGUUGCAAGGGAAGCAAAUCACUCCUCUGCUGUCAAUAUAGUAUGUACAGUUUAAAAGUGCUGGAAACAUCAUUACAGUAAAGCAUGCCAUACUGUGGUAAUGGAAUCAAUCAAUAUCAGCUGCUACGACUAUAAAAGGCUGUAUAACCGUUAGUUUUUGAAAAUGUGGUUAAAAUCUGACAUUAAUUUCACUAGCUCAAGUCAGCCAAGAAAAAACAAAAAUACCACCUCCAGCAUGUACCACCUUAUACUAAGACAAAAAAAAAAGGUUUCCCUGUGUGGAACCACCUCCAUUUAGUUCACUGGUGAUGAUACAGUCAUGGCCACAAGGCGGUGAAUGAAAAUUGCUUCUACACAGCUGUCUGAAAUGGAAGGAAACAUAAGGACAACUUACACAAAAAUAAUAUCUGAAGAGCAUUCUGCGCCAGCACGUUUUCUUCCUGAAAGCGUGUUUGUGGUCAGUUUGAUGAACAGCAUAAGCAACUUAAAAAACACCCCACCUCUUCGGUUGAAAGCGCCCUGAAAGCACUGGAGCACAGCUCAGUUGCGGAGAUUGCACAGUUACAGCCACACGCGCCAUGAAGAGCUUCACCUUGAUAGCAGCUUUGACUCUCUGCAGCUUUAGCUGGAUCUCUGCCUCAGUCUCUCAGUCUCAGACUGUGGAGGCUCAGUCUGGUGAAGGAGUCACACUGCGGUGCAACAACACCCACAACAAUGGUGCGGUGAUAUUCUGGUUCAGACUGGUCGACAGAACCGAGGUCAGCUGUGUCUCUGUCAUGAUCCAUUCCAAAGAAGCUAAAUACUGCGAAGGAUUUCAAAAUGGGAAAUUUGAAAUGAGAAGCAGCAACAACACUGUCUCUCUCAAAAUGUAUUUUGUGGUUAAAUCUGAUGCAGGACUGUAUUUCUGUGGAUUUUACACUGGUGGAAUUAUCACUUUCAGUGUCACACGUUUAAAUGUCAAAGGCAGCAAUGAGCCACCUGGUGACGAGGACAGCGGAGAUAAAAGAGAGUCUGGAGGAAUAGCAAUGCUGACGAGUGUGAUCGUGGGUGCUCUGACUGUUUUCCUUAUACUGGUCAUCAUCAUCAUCAGCGGUCUGGUUGUGAAAGUCAGGAGACUUCAGAAAGCUGCCACUGAAGAAAAUAAUCCACAACAGUGUGAGAAUCUGCUCUCUAAUCAGCUAAAGGAUGCAGCCGUGAGAUUUUACCCGACAUCAGUAAGAAGCAGGAGGCCUGCAUCAGAGAGAGAAGUGGAAACUCAUAUCAUUUAUACUGCCAGCAGACAGACUCAGAAGGUUUUGUCUGACCUUGGUCACUGUCCAGAUCGAGCAUAGUUAGAUAGAGGUCUGCAGCAGUGGAGGAGUGAGUGAGGUUCACCUCACUUGUUUGACAGGAAGAGGCAGCGCAGUGUGGUCUGAGCACAACUGAAGGGAAAACCGCAAGGUCUGUUAGAUCAACGCACUGUGGAAAUGAAGUCUGAAAUAAAUGAACUGGACAUUUCAA